AUGUCUCUAGUAAAUCUUUUGGUAGUAGUUGCCUGCUUCGCUUUUUCAAUACCAUCCAAUGAUGGUGCCAGAAUUCUGGGAUUUUUUCCAUUUCCAUCUAUCAGUCAUCAAGUCGUAUUCAGACCACUGAUGCACGAACUCGCUCGGAGAGGCCAUGACGUAACAGUCAUCACACCAGAUCCAGCCUUUCCUAAAGGAGGGACUCCUGCCAAUUUCACUGAGAUCGAUGUCCACGAUGCAUCAUACCGCCUGUGGCACGAACAAUUUGUGGCUACACCAAAAGGCCAAAAAGGGAAUUUAGUAAAAGAUUUUAAUAUAAUUUACAAGCUAACUGUAAAAAUAAUAGAUACGCAGUUAAAAGACGUAGAAGUGCAAAGAUUGCUUAACGAUAAAAACCAGACAUUUGAUCUGAUAAUCGUUGAAGCGAUGAUGAGACCUGCGGUAGUACUUUCGCACAUAUACAAAGCUCCAGUGAUCCUGAUGAGCUCCUUUGGAACGUUCAGUGACAAUUACGCAGUUAUGGGUGCGCCUAUCCAUCCAUUUUUGUAUCCUUUUACUGUGAGUAGAAGAUUGCAUAGUACAUCUUUAUGGGAAAAAAUUGGACAUUUAUACGAUUACAUAAUGAUUGAAAUGAUACAUAGAAACAACUACAUUGAAGAAAAUCGAAUGCUUCGAUCACAUUUUGGACCAGACCUUCCUUCGAUUGAAGAGAUGAACAACAAUGUUGCUAUGAUGUUCUUGAAUCUGUAUCCAGUUUUCGAAGGAAACCAUCCCGUUCCUCCCUCUGUUAUACACAUGGGUGGUAUUCAUCAGAUUCCUGACAAGCCUCUACCUCAGGACUUAAAAUCAUACCUAGAUUCUUCUAAAAAUGGCGUAAUUUACGUCAGUUUUGGAACCAACGUGGAUCCAGCAUUGUUUCCGCCGGAGAAAAUUGCAACGUUCGUACGAACAUUCUCCCGAUUGCCUUACGACGUGCUAUGGAAGUGGAACAAGGACGAACUGCCGGGACGAACAGACAAUAUCAAGAUAUCUAAGUGGCUUCCACAGUCCGACCUGCUGAAACACCCAAAAAUCAAAGCAUUCAUCACACAAGGAGGUCUGCAAUCAACAGAUGAGGCUAUAACCGCAGGAGUACCUCUGAUUGGGGUUCCAAUGUAUGGAGACCAAUGGUACGAUGUGGUCAAAUAUGAAAAACUAAAAAUUGGAGUCAAACUGGAAUUAGACACCAUUACUGAUGAAGAUCUGGAAAAUGCGAUACACAAAGUCAUUGAUGAUGACAGUUACCGUCGCAAUAUAAAGAAACUACGCGAGCUGAUGACUGAUGAACCAAUGUCACCACUAGAACGAGUCGUGUGGUGGACGGAGCACGUGCUGCGUCACGGCGGCGCGAGCCAUCUGCGCGGACCUGCAGCCAACAUGUCAUGGGCAGAGUACCUCGAACUAGACCUAGUACUAACACUUCUCCUAGCUCUGAUCAUCACCACAGCUACUAUCGUUCUGCUAGCAAAGUAUAUAUAUGACAAAGUUUUACGAAAAUAUGUCGAUGUUAUUAAAAUUAAGCGCGCGUGA